CAGCGGCAGCGGCAGCGGCGGCGGCAUCGUCGCCCCGGAGCGGGCGCAGGGUCUGCCACCCGCGGAGUGUGGACUGACAGCAGUCGAGGGGACAGAGCUGAACUUGGGUCACACAGUCCCUAGAGUCAACAAGACAUGGGCUCCACUGUGCAGCUCCUGACACCUCUGAUGUGACCAGAAGAUGUGGAGGGGAGCUGUCCCGACCAUGUAGAUGCCAGCCCCAGGGAUCACCAUGGGCCCCACUGAAUGGAGACUCCUGGGUCAGCAUUCCUGAGCCUCUUCGGCCCCUGGACUUCACCCCACUCCUGGAGACACUCCUCAGAGCUCUCCAGUGCUGUCGCCAGCCCACCUCAGCCAUCACCUCCUCCUGGGACUCGAAGUUGGCCGCCUCGUGCUACUAUCCUCUGGUGAAGGUGUACUGAGGACAGCCACACACAGCCAUCACCCAGAGGACCCUCUUCCAGUGCUGACCCUCAGGCCCAGCCUGAGCAGACACGUCAGCAAACAUGGGUGAUAUGACCAACAGCGACUUUUACUCCAAAAACCAAAGAAAUGAGUCGAGCCAUGGGGGCGAGUUCGGGUGCACCAUGGAGGAGCUGCGCUCCCUCAUGGAGCUGCGGGGCACGGAGGCUGUGGUCAAGAUCAAGGAGACGUAUGGGGACACUGAAGCCAUCUGCCGGCGCCUCAAAACCUCGCCUGUUGAAGGUUUACCAGGCACCGCUCCAGACUUGGAAAAGAGGAAACAGAUUUUUGGGCAAAACUUCAUACCUCCAAAGAAACCAAAAACCUUCCUGCAGCUGGUGUGGGAAGCGCUACAGGACGUGACACUCAUCAUCCUGGAGAUCGCGGCCAUCAUCUCCCUGGGACUGUCCUUCUACCACCCACCAGGAGAGAGCAAUGAAGGAUGUGCCACGGCCCAGGGUGGGGCAGAGGAUGAAGGUGAAGCAGAAGCAGGCUGGAUUGAGGGGGCUGCCAUCCUGCUGUCAGUCAUCUGUGUGGUCCUGGUCACAGCCUUCAAUGACUGGAGUAAGGAGAAACAGUUCCGGGGCCUGCAGAGCCGAAUUGAGCAGGAGCAGAAGUUCACUGUGGUCCGGGCCGGCCAGGUGGUCCAGAUCCCUGUGGCCGAGAUUGUGGUCGGGGACAUUGCCCAGAUCAAAUAUGGUGACCUUCUUCCCGCUGAUGGCCUCUUCAUCCAGGGAAAUGACCUCAAAAUCGAUGAAAGCUCACUCACAGGGGAGUCUGACCAGGUGCGCAAGUCUGUGGAUAAGGACCCCAUGUUGCUGUCAGGAACCCAUGUGAUGGAGGGCUCAGGACGGAUGGUGGUUACUGCUGUGGGUGUAAACUCUCAGACUGGCAUCAUAUUUACCCUGCUUGGGGCUGGAGGUGAAGAGGAAGAGAAGAAAGACAAAAAAGGUGUGAAGAAGGGGGAUGGCCUUCAGAUACCAGUAGGCUCAUGUCUCUGUGGUCGCCUUCUCCAUUGUGACAUUGCAUUUUCCAUCCUUCCCACCCCCACAGCGGCCGACGGCGCAGCGCCUGCAAACGCUGCAGGUGGCGCAAAUGCCAGCCUAGUCAAUGGUAAAAUGCAGGAUGGCAGUGCCGACACCAGCCAGAGCAAAGCCAAGCAGCAGGACGGGGCAGCCGCUAUGGAGAUGCAGCCUCUGAAGAGUGCAGAGGGCGGUGAUGCAGAUGACAAGAAGAAAGCCAACAUGCACAAGAAAGAGAAGUCGGUGCUUCAGGGCAAGCUCACCAAGCUGGCUGUGCAGAUAGGCAAGGCGGGCCUGGUGAUGUCGGCCAUCACGGUGAUCAUCCUGGUGCUCUACUUCACCGUGGACACCUUCGUGGUCAACAAGAAGCCGUGGCUGACGGAGUGCACGCCCGUCUACGUACAGUACUUUGUCAAGUUCUUCAUCAUUGGUGUGACGGUGCUGGUGGUCGCUGUGCCCGAGGGCCUCCCUCUGGCUGUCACCAUCUCACUGGCCUAUUCUGUGAAGAAAAUGAUGAAGGACAACAACCUGGUACGCCACCUGGAUGCCUGUGAGACCAUGGGCAAUGCCACAGCCAUCUGCUCAGACAAGACAGGCACGCUGACCACCAACCGCAUGACCGUGGUUCAGGCCUAUGUCGGUGACGUCCACUACAAGGAGAUCCCUGAUCCCAGCUCCAUCAAUGCCAAGACGUUGGAGCUGCUGGUCAACGCCAUUGCCAUCAACAGCGCCUACACCACCAAGAUCCUCCCCCCAGAAAAAGAGGGUGCCCUGCCCCGGCAGGUGGGCAACAAGACAGAGUGCGGCCUGCUGGGCUUUGUGCUGGACUUGAGGCAGGACUACGAGCCGGUGCGCAGCCAGAUGCCAGAGGAGAAGCUGUAUAAGGUGUACACCUUCAACUCCGUGCGCAAGUCCAUGAGCACCGUCAUCAAGAUGCCCGAUGAGAGCUUCCGCAUGUACAGCAAGGGCGCCUCAGAGAUUGUGCUCAAAAAGUGCUGCAAGAUCCUCAGUGGGGCAGGGGAAGCCCGGGUCUUCCGGCCCCGAGACAGGGACGAGAUGGUUAAGAAGGUGAUCGAGCCCAUGGCCUGUGACGGGCUCCGUACCAUCUGUGUGGCCUAUCGUGACUUCCCCAGCAGCCCUGAGCCUGACUGGGACAAUGAGAAUGACAUUCUCAAUGAACUCACGUGCAUCUGCGUGGUGGGCAUCGAAGACCCAGUGCGACCUGAGGUCCCAGAAGCCAUCCGCAAGUGCCAGCGGGCCGGUAUCACAGUCCGCAUGGUCACCGGUGACAAUAUCAACACAGCCCGGGCCAUCGCCAUCAAGUGUGGCAUUAUCCACCCUGGAGAGGACUUCCUGUGCCUGGAAGGCAAAGAAUUCAAUCGGCGGAUUCGCAACGAGAAAGGGGAGAUUGAGCAGGAGCGGAUUGACAAGAUCUGGCCAAAGCUGAGGGUGCUGGCUCGCUCGUCGCCCACGGAUAAGCACACGCUGGUCAAAGGCAUCAUUGACAGUACACACACUGAACAGCGGCAGGUGGUGGCUGUGACGGGGGAUGGGACCAACGACGGGCCUGCUCUCAAGAAGGCAGAUGUGGGCUUCGCAAUGGGCAUCGCAGGCACAGAUGUGGCCAAGGAGGCCUCAGACAUCAUCCUGACAGAUGACAACUUCAGCAGCAUCGUCAAGGCCGUGAUGUGGGGCCGUAAUGUCUAUGACAGCAUCUCCAAAUUCCUACAGUUCCAGCUGACUGUCAACGUGGUGGCUGUGAUCGUGGCCUUCACGGGCGCCUGCAUUACACAGGACUCCCCUCUCAAGGCUGUGCAGAUGCUCUGGGUGAACCUCAUCAUGGACACGUUUGCCUCCCUGGCCCUGGCCACAGAGCCACCCACUGAGACACUGCUCCUGAGGAAACCUUACGGCCGCAACAAGCCACUCAUCUCACGGACCAUGAUGAAGAAUAUCCUGGGCCACGCCGUCUACCAGCUCACCCUCAUCUUCACCCUGCUUUUCGUGGGUGAGAAGAUGUUCCAGAUCGACAGCGGAAGGAACGCCCCACUGCACUCACCACCCUCAGAGCACUACACCAUCAUCUUCAACACCUUCGUCAUGAUGCAGCUUUUCAACGAGAUCAACGCCCGCAAGAUCCACGGCGAGCGUAACGUCUUUGACGGGAUCUUCCGGAACCCCAUCUUCUGCACCAUCGUUCUUGGCACUUUCGCCAUCCAGAUAGUGAUCGUGCAGUUUGGCGGGAAGCCCUUCAGCUGCUCCCCUCUCCAGCUGGACCAGUGGAUGUGGUGCAUCUUCAUAGGCCUGGGAGAGCUCGUCUGGGGCCAGGUCAUCGCCACCAUCCCUACCAGCAGGCUCAAGUUCCUGAAAGAGGCGGGGCGGCUAACACAGAAGGAGGAGAUCCCUGAAGAGGAGUUAAAUGAGGAUGUGGAAGAGAUAGACCACGCAGAGCGGGAGCUUCGCCGUGGCCAGAUCCUGUGGUUCCGGGGCCUGAAUCGGAUCCAGACACAGAUUGAAGUAGUCAAUACUUUCAAGAGCGGGGCCUCCUUCCAGGGGGCCCUGCGGAGACAGUCCUCCGUCACCAGCCAGAGCCAGGACAUCCGCGUCGUGAAGGCGUUCCGUAGCUCUCUCUAUGAAGGGUUAGAAAAACCCGAGUCUCGAACCUCCAUCCAUAACUUCAUGGCUCAUCCUGAAUUCCGGAUCGAAGAUUCCCAGCCCCACAUCCCCCUCAUCGAUGACACCGACCUGGAAGAAGAUGCCGCGCUCAAACAGAACUCGAGCCCGCCGUCCUCGCUCAACAAGAACAAUAGCGCCAUCGACAGCGGGAUCAACCUGACGACCGACACGAGCAAAUCAGCUACCUCUUCAAGUCCAGGGAGCCCCAUCCACAGCCUGGAGACGUCGCUUUAGCUGAGGCCCCUGUCGCCUGGCCAUGCUCAUGGACCCGCCGCCACCCGCCUCCGGGCGCACACCCUUCCAGGCACCAACUCCCCGACGCAGCAAGGAGCACUGGGCGGAACCCACACAGAAGAGAGGGAACCCGUUUCCACACACAGACCUUUCUCUGGCUGCCAUGCUGUUUGAACUCUUUUUCACUCCUUAGACCUUGGGCGGGGUUGCCCUGGGGUCAUCUGGAGCAGAGAGUGGCGUGGAUUUUUUUUUCCAAAACAAAAAAUAAUAAUAACGAAUUAAUUUAAAAAAAAAAAAAAAUAGAGCCCUUCCAGGCUCCAGCCCAGACACGGACCAGCCAUGCACCCGCCGGCCCCCAGCAUGAAUGUACCUGGACACUUUUAAUCCCCUCCUUGGUUUGGUUCUUGGAGGGUUAGGGAGGGGAGUUUUUUGUUUGUUUCCUUAGGCGGGAACUGCAAACAGGAACUGGAACAGACUGCUGUUCAUUCAGUCCACUGGUCUAUGAGGUUUCAAAUGCUUGCCCAGCAUGGUCUCAAAUGUCUAGAUUAAUUUAAUAACUUUUUGAAAUCACAGAGUAGGUUUGCACCAAUGAAACCCAAGAACUCCACAGACACUCACGAGGUUAUAUCCGUUUCUUUGUAUCUAUAUCAACGUAUACUUCUUGAAGACUGUAUACGUGCGUAUAGAUAAGUAGAUAUUAUAUAUAUAUAUACAUAUAUAUACAUGGAUAUAUAAAGUUCCUUUGCCGGCAUGUUGCCUUGUUUCUGCUUAAAUUGCUCUAUUUUAACUUAUGUCCUAAAAAGAAGAAUGUAAUUUGUUUACAAACCUGUAGAUAAUGUCUUUGGCUAUUUGUGUGGUUUAAGGACACUGGUGGCCAAGAUGCUUACAAACAGCUCGGGCCCAACAGACACAUCCCCUGGAUUGCAUCCUUGAAGUUUUACGAUAGCCAUGCUCUGAUUUUUGCCUGCUAUUUCCGUUCAAUAACGUCACUACUGUGGGAAGCUCAGGCAGAAAGCCAACGGCUCCCAGGGAUCCACCCUGAGGGGCUAAGCAACACGCUCGCUCGCUUGCUCCACCGUAGACGAGGAGGGAGAAGAGGAGAGAAGGCUUCCCGGGCUUGCAACACAGCCUUCCAGGUCUGGUGACGUCAGCGUCUGUAGUGCACCCGGAGAAGGAAGGCUUUUCUCUCAAUGAAACUCGCUUGAGUUUACCGAGAGCAUUUCAGAACUGAGUUGUCUUUGGCGCUGUCUGUGAGUCAAGGUAGUGUUCAGAUAUUAUAAAUGCUAUUGUGUUGAAUUUUUUUUUUUUUAGUUAGUAAUUUAGAAGUUUCUUUCCUUAUAAACGGCAGCAUAGACACUGCUGACACACUGGAUGAGGGUUGGUACAGCUUGCUGCUUUCAGGUUUGUUUUUUUUUUUCUUUUUGAAGAAGAAUAGCCUUUUUUCUCUGCACUAUUUAGAUCCGAAUGAACCUUAUGAUGUGUACAUUGAGAUGUAUUCAGUGUGAUUUUUAAACCAAAUUGUCUUCCUGUAGUUACAAUAUAUACUGUAGCCUUUUAACAGCAAAUCCCGCUUUCCCAGACAGAAAGCCAUUCUGAUAUCUUCCCAUAUCACAGGUGAGAAAAGGUGGCUAUCCCCUCCCUCAACAAUAACAGCACUAGUUAUCCCACUUAAUAAGAGCUUGUCUGUCGGCCUCUUACUGCUAAGCACUUUGUGGGUCUCAGCUUUUUUUCAUAAAAGAACUUUUGUAUUUAAUACAAAGUUUGCUUUGAGACUUUUCAGCAUACAAUCUUUUUCCAUAAACUUGUACAGUGCAAAAGACAUUUUGAAUACCAUGACCGAUGAUGUCCCGUGCUUCGAGGAAACCAAACACUUUUCCGCCUCACUUGUGAACUCCAUCCUUCACUCCCUCCCUUCUCACAAUCGCUACUCCUCGCUCUUCAGCCUGGCCCCCCCAGCCCUCCAGGCCCAGAGACCUCUUCACUAAACAAGAUGACAGCCACUUGGGAAAAGAGCCAUAGUCAGCUGGGAGGGCCCACGUCUGCAUGGCUGUGAAAAACUUGUGUUAUUGGUUUGGGCUUCAAAGUCUGCCCAUCCCACCUGGCCAUAAUCUUUCUAUAAGGAAGAAUAUCUCUGAAGGAUUCUGAAUGUAUCCAGGAGAGAGAGAGCUACCUCCCCAGCAGGUGGACCAGCCCUAGAUGUACUCACUGGAUUCCAGUACAGACACCACCAGAGCCAGUCCAUAGUACCCCUCCAAGGGAGGGAAGGAAACCCGGGGCUGCCUUGGAACAGGAUAGGUUUUUGUUUUGGUUUUGUUAUUGUUGUUGUUGUUGUUGUUGUUUGAUUGGUUUGGGGACUUUUGGUGGGGAGUCCUUUGUCACAUUUUUUCAUCCUGCCCUCCUUCAUUCAACCAUAAAUCUAUGACCUCAUUCCAUGCCACCAGGGUUCUUGCGCUUACAAACGGGGAUCCUCGGGCUUUGGAACCAGGCCUCCAGGGCAAAGAGGAAGGGGUUCUCUGAGCAGAGCCAGGUUCUUGGACAGGGAGCAGAGGAAACUAGCAAGGAGGCCUGACCUUAGCACUUGCUUCCCGGUGUCAGGAAUGAGGGGUAGCCUAUGCCCCAGCCCCUCAUUCUCACACUCUUCCAUACACACACACACACACACACACACACACACACACACACCCAUACACACACACACACACCUACACAGGAGAUGGUUGGUUUGUCAGAACUCACUGUAAUACACAAGCUUGCACUUCCGCGUCCUAUAUCUAGCAGCAUGGGAUAUGUUUGGCAGUUCACCCCACUAGGGGGUCAAUAAUUUAUGACCAUUCAUCUGUUUUUAUGAAUUUUUUUAUCUAGACAAUAAUUGUAAAUAAAGAAUUCACCGUCUCUGCUCAUUUAAUACUA